AUGGCAGCCGUCACAACUCGAAACUCACCACACUUGAAUUCCGGGACGAAGAGCAUGACAGCGUCCCCUCGCUCUACUCGCACUUCACAGCAGAACUCAGGUAUGUCGUUGUCGCCUCCCGACCCCUUAUCAAACCCACACCUACUCGAGUCCUGCCCCAUCGCAUCGAGGCGGGUCUUCCCCAUGGAUGCGAUCUGGCGCGCUUUCGUCAUAGCGUUCCCAGACAUUGGCACCUCGAGACCAUGCCACCACCUACAAGGGUGAACAGCACUGAUGUUCACAAACAGACAGCGUGAAGAAGGACGAAUCAAGCAACGGCGACACGAAGCCAGGUGAGUCGAACAAUCGCCCUUUCCCGCGCACACCUUGACGGCGCAAAACACCCACCGGGUCCAUCUACCAACCCAUGAGCACAACAACUGACGCGCAAUGGCAGAAGUCCCUACCAUCAAUCAGCCCGAAGACAGCGACGCGCCCACCAGCGGCAGCAAAGACAACGCCGCGCCCGCCGCCAAUGCCCCUCUCGCCCCGCCACCGAAACCUUCCCAGCAGAACGGCGACGGCGACUACUUCACCGGAGCGCAUAAUACAACACACUUGGCAAAAGAGCCGAACCCGUUCGAGAACGCUUUCGGAGGCAACCCUGCAGAAACACCGGGCAAGUCGCAGCUACCUGGCGUAGCCAGCCUCACAUCGCCAGCGCCUCUCCUUCCUGGCAAUACACCCGGCUGGCCCGGCUCUCUUCGUUCAGGUCCUCUCAGUCCGGCUAUGCUCACUGGCCCGACGGGUUCGAACGACUACUUCAACAGCGACCACCACUUCGCCGGCAGCUUUCCCACCCCGAACGAGUCCUCGCUUCGUACUGGUCUCACACCUGGCGGUGGCGGGUCUAUGUUCCCACAGCCAUCGCCCAACUCGCAAGCACUCUACAACCAGCUACAGAGCGGAGGCGCCACACCCGGUACUCUGGACUUCCAUCGCACCGCCAUGACUGCACGCGCGCAGACCAACAACUACAUUGGCCAGAAUCCCAUCACGAGUCAAGCGCAGUCGAAUCCCAACAUCCAACCAGACCUCGAUAGCAAGCCAUAUAACCCUACCGCUACCAGCGCACCGCAAGACAACCAGGAUCCUUUCGGUUCCCACCAGACCAACGACGCGGCAAACGGCCUGUUCAUGCUCGCGCAAGCUGGCGGACAACAGCGCAACUCGUCCGGCUACCCAAUGUCUCAGCAGCAAGCUCCGCAAGGCUUUCAACAGAACAACCAGAGCAGACAAGGUGGAAAGAAUAGCGUUGGCAGCAAUAUGUCCGGCACGACUGAGGGCACUGAUGAACGAUUUUCGGACGAUGCAGACAGUAAGCCUCCCACCCGAGGUGGUCGCGGUGGCAAGAAAGGUUCGACUGGCAAGGCCGCACAGAAUGGCAAGAGAAAGACGGAUGAGCCAGCCAAGGGUCCGGCGAACAAGAAGCAGCGAAACAGCGCCAUGUCGGAAGAGCCUGAAGAUGACCUUGACCACGACGAUAUCGGCGAUGGCGACAAGGACAAAAAGAUGACUGACGAGGAGAAGCGCAAGAACUUUCUCGAGCGCAAUCGGUAUGUUUGAAAUCCCCAUGCGCGGUUACGAAACCUGGCUAAUUUCGAUUUAGUGUUGCUGCUUUGAAGUGCCGUCAACGCAAGAAGCAGUGGCUGGCCAAUCUCCAGCAGAAGGUGGAGAUCUUCAGCACAGAGAACGAUGCCCUCGCUGCUACCGUUACCCAGCUGCGAGAAGAGAUCGUCGGGCUCAAGACCCUGCUGCUUGCCCACAAGGACUGCCCCGUGUCGCAAGCGCAAGGGAUCUCAGGCAUGGCGAUGCAGCAGAUCGCUGGCGAUACGCAACACUACGCCAAUCCUUACGGUAUGAUGGGCCAAGGCGGGCCGGGCAUGCAGCAAGGCCAGAUGCCACAGGGUCAGAUGUCGAGAAGGUGAGUCGGUGCGGCAACCGCCGUACAUUGCGACACCUGCUCACUUAUGCCACAGCUAGGGUCUUCCUGCACGAGAUGACAGCGGAAGAGUGCCGAGUUUAG